AGAGCCCAUCCCAGAGGAUGCAUUUUCCCUACAGCAGGACCCAGGCAGGAUCCAGCCCCCGAGCCCAGCAGGGACAUCGUGGAGGGGACCCUGCAGAAUCCUCGGGGACCUCAACUGCACGCCCCGGCACCUGCGGCUUCCACCCCGACACCUGCCCAGGGCCUCCCUGUGCCCAGCCCUGCGGCCAAAUCAAAAGGGAGCCGAGCCCUGGGGCUGGAAAUCCAGUCAAAUGUCACCCAGGCUGGGCUGUCUCAGGAUGUUGGACCACGACGGUCAUUUCCUGCCGGGAAGUGGCCGCCAAGCCCACCCCGAGCUCCGCUCUCCAGAGGCGCGAGAGCCGCUGAGCCGAGAGGAUCCCUGAGCUCCCGAGCAGCCCCUGCACAGCCCUCGCUCUGCCGCCGCACCAGGAUGGCUGAGAUGACCACGACCCCCACUGAGACACACACUGUCCCGAGUGAGUAUGGGGACUACCACAACUGGUCCGAGCUGUUCCACCUCCUGAACCACACCUACACCUACUGCGAGUUCAGCCUGGACGAGAACAUCAAGCGGGUGAUCCUUUUCAUCCUUUACCUCGUCAUCUUCGUGGUGGGCUUGGUGGAGAACCUCCUUGUCAUCUGGGUCAACUGGCAGACACGGGGCAACAAGAGCUUGGUCAACCUCUACAUCAUCAACAUGGCCAUCGCUGACCUGGGGGUGAUGCUCUCGCUGCCCAUCUGGAUGCUGGAGGUGAUGCUGGACUACACCUGGCUCUGGGGCAGCUUCCUCUGCCGCUUCACCCACUACUUCUACUUCGCCAACAUGUACGCCAGCAUCUUCUUCCUCACCUGCCUGAGCGUGGAUCGCUACGUGUCCCUGACCAGCUCCUCCCUCUUCUGGCGCCGGCACCAGCACCGCGCGCGCCGCGUGGCCUGCGCCUGCAGCUGGGUCCUGGCCGCGUCCAUCCCGAUCCUGGAGGUCGUCCACAUGCAGCUGGUCAACACCGGGGAGCCCAUCUGCAUCUUCAUGGCCCCCUUCGAGACCUACGACGAGUGGGCGCUGGGGGUCAGCUUGGCCACCACCACCGUCGGCUUCCUCGUGCCCUUCCCCAUCAUCGCCGUCUUCAACGUGCUGACCGCCCGGUUCCUCAGGCGCACCAAGCCGGAGAGCCGGAAGCACUGCCUGCUCAUCUACGCCUACACCGCGGUCUUCCUCGUCAGCUGGCUGCCCUUCCACGUCGUGCUGACGCUGCUCACCCUCGACGGCAACCACAUCAUCCUCAACUGCACCUUCGCCCACCUCCUCUACUUCUUCUACGACAUCAUAGACUGCUUCACCAUGCUGCACUGCGUCAUCAACCCCGUCCUCUACAACUUCCUGAGCAAGAACUUCCGCAGCAAGCUCAUCUCCGCCGUGGUCAGGUACAUCCCCAAGGACCACGGCGCCCAGAAGGGCGCUGGCAACUCCUCCUCCACCACACAGCACUCCAUAGUCAUCUCAAAGGACAACCACCCCCCCAACUAAGCGGGGCCGGACUCUCCCACCCCCCGUGGCGGCAGCAGCGGCUCCCUGGGGACACUGGGAUCGGUUUUCCUGGUGAUGAGGAGACACUUUGCUUUGGCACAGCCUCUCUUGGCCAGGCAGGGCAGGGUGCCAGGCACGAGGGGAGGUGGUGCAGGAGCUACAGACAUCUUUCCUCUGGAGUGCUGCUGUGUCAGAUCUAUUUAGCUGAAGAAAGAGUCAGAGAAAGAGAGAUUCCCUGUUCCCCAAACAAAAUCUUGGCAGUAAUAAAGUAGUGAGUUGCUCCACUCAGGGUCCAACACAACCCCGCCCCUGGGAUUUGUCCCCUGUGCCCCCAGACUGUCCCUGACACCCCAAGCAGGAGGGAGGGAAUCACCCCUUUGGAACACAAAGCUCCCUCCUCGCCCCCAGCAACGUCCAGAGCGUGAUCGUGGAGAGAUGAAGGCGAGGCAGCCGUGGGGGCUGAGCAGGGCACAGAGCUGAGCUGGGACGAGGGGAGGAGCAAUUGGGAUUCGAGAUCAGCAGCUCGAUCAGUGCUGGUUAAACUGGGUUUGACCAGGCAGGGCUGCUCCAGACUAAGGGCUGGGAGCUGGGUUUGGGUCUCCCAUCCCGUUAAUCCAGCCUCCUCUGGAGCGUUCCCUUACUGGUAUUUAAGGUCCCUGGGUGCAUUUCUCAACAUCCCAAGAGGCUCCAGCAGCAGCCCUUCCCCUCCCAUCCAAGUCCCCGUGGCAGUGUGGACACGUGCAGAAAUCCUCGGAGCUGGAGAGAGGGCUGGGCCUGUGCUGUGCAAGGAACUGCAGCAUCAGAGAAAGUUCAUCCUCCUCUGGAGUCUGACCUGUCACGUGCUGCGGGUCGAGCCCUCGGCGGGGGGGGGUGACAGAGCGACAGGCUCCGGGGUCCAUAAAUCUACCAAAGGCCUUGAGCUGCUUGAGAAGCACGUGAAAAAGCAGAGCAUAAGCAGUUCUGGGGGCAGGAUGCUGGUGGCACGGGGAGGAGGGGGGAGCAGGAUGUUCUGGGAGAAGCCCAGGACCGGCAGUUAACACGGAUGUGGGGUUAUCACGGGGCUCACUGACUCUGCCAGUUCCAGGGGUCCUGCAAUGGGGUAAAUCCAUAAAUACCACCAGGUUCCUUCUGCAGGGACAUUCCUUCAUCCCCCAGGGACACCAGCACUGAGGGUCUUACACGGGAACACUGGGAAGGCACCGGCCCCUCACCACAGCAAUGCCCUGUCCAGGGCAGCAGCUCAGGCUGUUCCCUUCCUUAAUUCUGUUACUGCCCCGGGCUGAGGAUGAACUUGGGGGUCUUCACCCGCAGGACCCCACCACCUUCAUCCCUGAAUCCUCCCUGGGCUUCUCAUUGCCAGUUCCCUGCCCCUUCCAGUGAAGAAAUGGAGGGCAAAUACACAGCAACAAACCAACCUGAUGUGUGACAUGACCAGGGCAACAAUAUAUUCAACUUACACCAACGUGUAAAAUUUGGUAUUUGACCCAUUAAACUUUAUUUUUA